AUGCAACCACUCGUGCUUCACCCACCGAGCCUCACUACUGCCCAGUUUGGACAACCCCGAUUCAACUCAGGCCCGGAGCGGCUUCCGUUGAAUCGACCUUGGUCGACCAAUGCUCGAGGGUGUAGCCCCCGGGCUCCUCUCGCUCGUCAAUCUAUGUCUGGCUCUCCUCCUACCGCAGAGCCCUCGGUGACAUCCGGAGAGUCGGACCCUCGAGGAUACCCGGCUUCCUCGCCGGCAGUGACAUCGGCUGAGGAAGCCACUGUUGUACCUGUUACUGGACCACCUCAGUUAGCUGCGCCUGCAGAUCCUUUGCCACCAUCGAUCCUUCCAAGGUACGGAGGGCAACAUCAACAUCAGCAUCAACAUCAACCACUUCCACAGCAGCAUCAACAUCAACCACUUCCACAGCAGCAUCAACAUCAACAUCAUCACCACCAUCAUCAGCAUGCACCACUUUAUGCUGAGUCCCCACGUAUCCCUGCUGGACCUUCGUCAUAUCCAAUAUCAUCCUUAGAAUCGGGAUUACCAGGACCUGCAAGCCGCUCACUAGCUCAAAAGUCAACCAGGCGUACUAAAGCGCAUGUGGCGUCAGCGUGUGUUAACUGUAAGAAGAAGCAUCUUGGAUGUGACCCAGCCCGUCCAUGUCGAAGAUGUGUUCUUGCUGGCAAGGCUUCUUCCUGUGUUGAUGUCACGCACAAGAAACGAGGACGACCACCACUCAAAGCAGAGGACUCUACCCUUCGAUCAUAUGCACAGCACGCAGAUCAUCCAGCAGCGUCAACCGGCUCACAAUCAGCCAUCCCAUCGUCAUCUCAUCGAUCCUCUUUACACCGGCCUACAUCUUCUCGUGAGCUUCGACCGAUGACAGAUCUGCAGGCUAUGAGUUCUCCUGGUUCCACAGCAGCAAUGCGAGCUCCACGUGUGCAGCAACAACAAAGGUGGUCAGCCUCGUCAGUAUUUCCCCUGACCCGUCCCAUGGAUCCCGCGAUAGCGAUGCCGAAUCCUGCAGCUAGACGACCGUUUUCAUCAUCCGGCCCGCCGUCAUAUGCACCACCAACGCAUCCACCAGGUGCCUAUAUCCCUAUGACAAGCGGAUUUAACCCCGCCAUAAAAGCAGGACCAAUGCCUUCCGGGAUGGACAGACGGUUUGGGCCAUAUCCGGGUCCAGGUCUACCUCCGCCAACUUCCCCUCCCCAGCACCACCAUCCACCCGGUGUUCAAUACAUGCCUUAUGGCGAAUCUCCAAGUGGUCCCAUGCAUCACCCAAUGGUCGAUCCUCGACUUGCACCAGGACCUCCCCGUGAGCCCUAUAUCGAGUCUCCAGUUCGAUUACCUCCUAUCCACCAAGCAACCGCCAGUCCAGGACCACCUGUUCCUCCAGUAGGACCACCACCUCCAAAUGUUCCUCAUCACGCACAUCGACUGAGUGAUCCUUAUCCGGCGACCUGGACAAUGGCCCGAGAAGACCCAUUACGAGAUCCACGAGCUCAAAGACCAGUGGGUUCUGUCUUCUCGCAUCCACACCACCACCAUCAACGGUCAUCCUCAUCUACAACCGCAUCAUUGGAUCCAAUCCCACGACACCCGGGUCCAAUCGACCUCCCAAGUCCCGUUCAACUGGCCCAUUCACCACCAGUAGCGAGGAGCGUAACCUCAGCACCAGAAACCAAGUCUCCACCGCAAGCCCCGCCUCAGUCCCCGGCCGAGCCGGAACCCCGGCCUGUGAAGCGACGAAAAAUGGCUCUAGACGAUAUGGUCAACGGCUAG